CCGCCUCGGCGCUUCGCCGUCCCUCGGCCAGAAGCCUGCGCCUGGGCCCGCGCGGGAGGAGUGGGGGCUCUGAGGGGAACGGCUACCCCGCCCGCCCCGGUCUCUUUUCCUGGCGGCGGCGGCUUCUUUCGUAGGACAAUAUGUUCAAGAGAAUGGCCGAAUUUGGGCCUGACUCCGGCGGGAGAGUGAAGGGGGUUACUAUUGUGAAACCAAUAGUUUAUGGUAAUGUUGCUCGGUAUUUUGGAAAGAAAAGAGAAGAAGAUGGGCACACCCAUCAGUGGACAGUGUAUGUAAAACCGUAUAGAAAUGAGGAUAUGUCAGCAUAUGUGAAGAAAAUCCAGUUUAAAUUACAUGAAAGCUAUGGCAAUCCUCUAAGAGUUGUUACUAAACCACCGUAUGAAAUUACUGAAACAGGAUGGGGUGAAUUUGAAAUAAUCAUCAAAAUAUUUUUCAUUGACCCUAAUGAAAGACCUGUAACCUUAUAUCACUUACUAAAGCUGUUUCAAUCAGACACUAAUGCAAUGCUAGGAAAAAAGACAGUGGUUUCAGAGUUCUAUGAUGAAAUGAUAUUUCAAGACCCAACGGCAAUGAUGCAACAAUUAUUAACAACGUCUCGGCAGCUAACAUUAGGAGCCUACAAGCAUGAAACAGAAUUUGCAGAACUUGAAGUGAAAACCAGAGAAAAAUUAGAAGCUGCCAAGAAAAAAACAAGCUUUGAAAUUGCAGAGCUUAAAGAGAGAUUAAAAGCAAGUCGUGAAACUAUAAAUUGUUUAAAAAAUGAAAUCAGGAAACUAGAAGAAGAUGAUCAGACAAAAGACAUAUAAACAGUUCUGAAGAGAACUUUACAGUAAGCCAGACUGAAAAGAAGGUGGACGUUCAUGGAGAAGUGGACCUAACACAAACGUCAUGGUGUUGCCGGGAGGGUUUUAUAUUCCGUUGCCAACCAUGGAUUGAUUGCUCAGUGGUGGGCUCAGAGUAUUUGUACCAUUCAGGAAAUCCUUGAUGGAGAAUAUAUGUGUGGAAGAAUAGAUGUUGUAUGGAUAUUUUGCCAACCUAUUUUAGGGAAAUUCUGAUGUUAAGCACAAUUUUAAAAAAUUUUUAUUGCAGUAUGUGUCUAGGUUUUCAUCCUUUUGACAGGUAUCAAAAUUUCAUUAUAAAGUAUAACUUGUACAAAUUUUGUACUUCUCUAGUAGUUAGGAUUAGUGAUAAAAAUUAAUGUUUGUAUUUAAUUUCUUCAAAUACUUACUGUCUGCAUCGUACUUCUUUUGUAUCUGGUGUGUCCAGUCAGUGUUUAUUAAAUACAGUUUACAGAUCCU